AUUCAAGGAAGGGUCGGUGGUGGAUGCUUAUUUUAAUACUUUGUUGAGUACCCCUUUUCAAAUUUACACUCAGGAGGAGGACAUUUUCACAAAUACCUAAUUGUUUAGUAGCCGAAAGACAAUAAUAACCCUCGCAAUUUUAACCUUUUCUCUCGAAUCUCUCUAGCUCGCCAUCGAAGGCGACGAGAUUACAGAGCUACGACGGCGAUUCUAGCAACGGCGACGACAAAAGGUCUUCUCUCUCACUAGUCACGCCGUCUCUCUGGAAAGAGCAUCCGGUGACGACGAAUAACAAUCAGACUAUACGAUUCAAAAUUUCAUCUCAAAAAAUGUCGUCUACUCCUCACGAUUCUCCUCUACACGAUUCUCCUAUACACGAUUCUCCUCUUCACGAUUCUCCUAUUCAUGAUUCUUAUCUUCACGAUUCUCUACAAUUGGAUAGCAACGAGUUUUGCACAACCUUGAAAUUGCCUGGGAGGGUUUAUGAAGCUGUAGAAACACCAGAUAAUCCCAAAGCGAUAAUCCAUCACUCAAAGAUUGAUUAUAUCGAGAAGGUGGAAGAUAUAUUAGGAAAAGAAGAGUUUUCUUUCAUAGAGAACUCUCACAUUGGGAGCAUUUUGAAGUUGGUUAAAAGGAAUAGGGUUCAAUUUUCAGAAGAGUUGUUCCAUUUUCUAAUGCAGCGAAGAGUAUUGACGCAAGGAGAGGAUCUCUGGUUUACUUUCUCGGACCAGCCUAUGAGGUUUUCACUAAGGGAAUUUCAUCUGACAACAGGCUUACGUUGUGAGGAAGAUCAGACAAUAACAGAGCCGCUGUUCAAAAUAAUGAAGAAGCCAUACAUUUGGAUGCUGGGCAAGAUUGAUAAGUUUACGGUGAGAACGUUAUAUGAAAUGUUUAAAAAGAAAGCACGAAGCAUGCCAACACUAGAAAGAUUAUCCCUUGGAACAGCAAUACUCACAGAAGCGGUAAUUAUGGCAGAAAAUCCGAGUUCUAAAAUCCCGAGAGACAGGUUGCAGCGUUAUAUGAACUAUCGCUCACACAAGAUUGCUUGGGGUAAAACUGCUUAUAGAAUCUUGAUGAGAAGUGUAAAAAGUUUGAGUGCAAGUUCCUGGACAGGAGAUAGUUAUGAAGUGAGUGGUUUUGCGCUAGCCAUAAAUCUGUGGGCAAUGUCAUCAGUGAAUGUGCUUGGUAAAUCUUUGGGAAAGCCAUGCGAGACAUCCUCUUCUUCUGAUCCGUUGUGUCUACAUUGGGACUCAACAAGAACUCCGACAAUAGCUGAAGUGUUAGAGCUGGAGAAGAUAAACAAUGUUGAGGUUAGCACAGUGAUUGGAUUGGCUGAGGAAUACAAACAUUUGGUGGGGGCAACACAUAGUGACGAUGCUGACUUUCACAGUGUUGUGAAACUAGUUCAACAAGGAUACAAAAUGAGGAGAAGCGAUUGGGAGAAAGGUUUUGUGGAUAUGUUUGUUGCAACAGAAGAUAUAGGUCAACAACGCAAGACAAAAGACGAAGAUGCAGAGCAUGGUGAAGAUCUGAACCAUAAUGAAGAUGAAGAGGAAAAGAAAGAUGAAGAGGAAAAGACAGAUGAAGAGGAAAAUAAAGAUGAAGAGUAUCAAAAGGAUAAGGAGCAAAGAAAAGAUAAAAAUCAUUCCAUGUCUAACAGCGAGAAACUUGAUAAGCUAAUCCAAAUGGUUCGUGAUUUGGAUAAGCGAGUAGUAAUGAUCCAGAAUGUUUUAGGAGUUAAGUUUAACGACAGUUCACCAAACAAAGAAGAUUGUGAAAAUGGAGCUAGUUCUGGUGAUAGAAGAAGUGCACAAGAUUAUGAAAAUGAAGAAGAUACAAUUAAUGAAGAAGCAAACUCUGAUGAUAAAAAAAAUGCACCAGAUGAUGAAAAUGAAGAAGAUACAAUUGCUGAAGCAGCAAACUCUGAAGAUACAAUUGCUGAAGAAGCAAACUCUGGCGAUGGAAGAAGUGCACUGGAUGAUGAAAAUGAAAAAGAGAUAUGUGAUGAAGAAGCAAAAUCUGGUACAGAGCAUCAAAGGGAAGAAGAGAAUAUUCUUGGGGAAAUUGAGACUACACAAAAAAUCACUCAAGACGAAGACACAGAAAAACUUGAAUCAGAAAGUUGCUUGAAACAAACGUCGCAGGUUACGUCGCCUACUCCAACAUUCAAUACUCCAAACUUUGAUACAAGGGUUUCAUCGCCUAAUCCAACAUUUACGUCUCCUAAGUUUGAUCUCCUUUCCCAAGAAAGUCAUAGUGGAAAGGGUACAAAUGAGGUAUUUUAUAAAGCUUUAUAAACUAUUUCAUGAUCGUUAAGGUCUCUUAAACAAUGAGGCAUAGCUAAGAUUUACACUGUUUCUGUUGCCAUCAAUUCCAAAAUCUUCUAAAACAGCCACAAUCAAAUCAUUGUAGCUGAUAUCUUCAUGAAUCAUACUAAGAGAGGAUCCUCGUUGAUCAUCCACUAUGAAAUCCCAGUGAAUUCCAUUUAUUAGUUUCCAUUCUCCACAUAUAGAACAAAUUUCGAACACCAUAACCUGAUUAUAAAGAACAUGGGUAUUAGAGAAGGAAUGAUCAACAAGAUAUAUCAAUAAGAAAAAUACAUAAAACUAUAUUCCUCAUAGCUAAAAAUUUAUAAGGUUUUAUAAAUCUGAGAUUCGAAAACUUCAUGAGAAAAAUUCGUCUCCUUCCCAGAAACCGAUCGAUUUUGAGAAACCAAGCAAAAAUUACAGAAAAGAGACGAAAAUCACUUUGUUACGUUCGUGAAGAGAGAUUGAUUCGAUUGAGCUUGUAGUCUACGCCAAAUCUCGUCGGACGUCAAUGUCGCCUGAAUAAUCAAAUCUCGCCGGUGAAAAUGGCUGAAGUCGUCGAAACUCUCUCGACGGAUCGAAUCUCUCUCGCCGGAAUCGAUCUCUCUCGCCGGAAUCGAUCUCUCUCGAAGGAAUCGAUCUCUCUCGCCGGAAUCGAUCUCUCGUUGGAAUCUCUCGAUCGCCGGAAUCAAUCUCUCGAUUAGGGGUUUUUGAAUUUUCAAUUUCUUGUGGGAGAAGACUUAUGUUUAUGUUUGAUUAAAUAAGGGUAUAAUGGUACUUUACCUACUAAAAUUUUAAAGGUAAAUUUGAAAAGUGUAAAGUUGAAAAGUGGUAUUAGGAAAGUGGUAUUAGUGGCAAUUCCCCAUUAAU